UAUCUCCGUCUAGGAAUGUUUGAAUUGCACUGUGGUGAAUUAAUAAGUGCUUUACGUGAGCAGAUAAUUUGUGAAAAAGUUGUUUCCAAAAUGUUCGAAGAUCAUCAAGACAUAAAUGUGAGGCUACGUGAUGAGUUUGUGAGAAUAUCAGAAAAAGCCCUUACUACUCCGUCUAAUACACAGGAACUAAUGGAACUUAAGGCCUGUAUGCAGAAAGUGGAUACAUGUGACAUGCUUGAAUUGGAGCAAAAAUUAAUACGCUGUGAACAAUUUGUUGGGGAACUGAAAAACUACUCUAAGCAGGUUGAAGAAUUCAGCGCAUUUGGAGAUAUUCAGGAAGUCAACAGGUAUUUGAAGAAAGCUCAAGCGUUAAAUACAAAAUUGGAUCUUGCUGCUGAUAAGAUUGAUCAGUUUAGUUCAGAAGAAGAGUCCUUUGGAUGGCCAAUAUCUCAGUAUCCUCAGCAUAAAAACAUCCAGAGUACUCUUGCUCCCUACCUUUGUCUCUAUGAUAUGACUGUUGAAUUCAUCAGAAAACACAAAGACUGGACAGAGGCAUCAUUUACAGAAGUGAAUCCAGACAAAGUAGAGGUAGGUAUAGGAAACUACUGGCAUGGACUAUAUAAACUAGAAAAAGCCUUCCACAAUUCUCCAAAUGCAUUAGCAAUAACAAGACAGGUUAAAUCAAAAGUAGAGGAAUUCAGGUGCCACAUCCCUCUAAUCCAGGUGAUCUGCAAUCCUGGUUUGCAAGAAUGGCACUGGGAAGAGAUGGCAAAAAUUGCUGGUUUACCACUAUCUCCUUCUGAAGACUCAAAUGUCUUGUCAUAUAUUAACUUGCAUCUUGAACCAUUCCUAGAAAAGUUUGAGACCAUCAGUGAAAAAGCCAGCAAAGAAUAUUCACUUGAGAAGGUUUUAACGAAAAUGAUUUCUGAAUGGGAUCAAAUGGAGUUCACUCUUCUUGCUUAUAGAGAAACAGGAACCCAUAUUUUGUCAUCUGUAGAUGAUAUUCAUAUGUUACUGGAUAACCGUGUUGUCAAAACUCAGACAAUGAGAGGAUCUCCAUUCAUUAAGCAUUAUGAAAAAAGAUAUAGGGAAUGGGAAGGAAAGCUGUUGUUGGUACAGGAGAUCCUACAUGAAUGGCUGAAGGUUCAGGCUACUUGGCUUUAUUUGAAGCCAAUUUUCAGUCCUCCUGACAUCAUGGCUCAGAUGCCUGAGGAAAGCAGAUGAUUCAGUACUGUAGUUAAGAUGUGGAAAGACUUAAUGAAAUCAGUUUUUCAGGACAAACAUGUGUUGACAGUAGUAAUAAUAGACAAGAUGUUGGAAAAACUGAGGAAGUGCAAUGAAUUUCUGGAGCUAAUUCUCAAGGGCCUAGAGAAGAAGCGCCUGUUUUUCCCCAGAUUAUUUUUUUCCUCUAAUGAUGAAUUCCUUGAGAUUCUUUCAGAGACCAAAGAUCCUACUCGAGUACAACCUCACUUGAAAAAGUGUUUUGAAGGAAUUGCAAGAGUGGAGUUUACUGAUGUAUUAGAUAUUACACAUAGUAGUGAAGGAGAGACUGUGGAACUGGUAAAGACAAUCUCAACAUCAGAAGCUAGAGGUCAAGUUGAAAAAUGGCUGGUUGAACUGGAGGCAGCUAUGCUGAAGUCUGUCCACACGGUCAUUGGGGAUGCACUUGAAGCUUAUCCAAAACCUCCACGUGUUAAUUGGGUGAGAGAGCGGCCUGGACAAUCAGUUCUUUGUGUAUCCCAAACUUUCUGGACAAUGGAAGUACACAUGUCUAUUAGAACUGACAAAAUGGUUGAACACGCUGUGCAGCAGCUUAACCCUGAAUUCCAAACAGAAGGAGCAAGUGGUGGUUGAAACCCAGUAAUACCACGAUUCUUGCAACACUGCAAUACAGUUAAUAUUAAUGGGUUUGAUGAUAAAUCCAUGUAUACAAUUUUUUCUAGAAUCUUAGACUGGCAUCUAACAGUAUGUUAUAGCUUUCCAUCACAAUAUGUAUAACUGACUCUGCAAAUUAUUAAUGGAACCAUGCAUAUGUAUAAAGAAUCUAUGAAGAAUCUGCUUCCUACACCAGCCAAAUCUCACUAUUUGUUCAAUCUCCAGGACUUUUCACAUGUUAUUCAAGGUGUUUACCUGUCAAGAUCCGAAGCAACAGAAUCCGCAGGAAUGAUAAAAUGUCUCUGGGUUCAUGAGGUUCUUAGAGUGUAUUAUGAUCGCUUGGUGGAUAAUUGUGACCAGGCUUGGCUUGUUGGGUUUAUCCAAGAAGCAGAGAAAAAUAACCUACCUGAAGACUUUCAUGAACUUUUCCAAAAUCUGGACUUCAACAAUGGUGGCAGAGUGAGAGAAGAUGACUUAUGUAGCUUAAUGUUUUGUGAUUUUCAUGACCCUAAGAGAGAGGACACUAAAUACCGGGAGAUUAGUGAUGUGGAUCAAUUGAGACUAGUUGUAGAGAGUUACCUUGAAGAGUUUAGUAACAUGAGCAAAAAGCCAAUGCAGCUUGUCUUGUUCUGAUUUGCUAUAGAACAUAUUUGUAGAAUUUCCCACAUUCUGAAACAGCCUCAGAGCCAUGCCCUCCUUGUUGGUGUUGGAGGUAGUGGUCAACAAUCUCUUACUCAAUUAGCAGCCUAUAUGGCUGAAUACAAUCUUUUCCAGGUUGAAAUAACUAAAAGUUAUGGUAUCAAUGAGUGGCAUAAGGACUUAAAAGUCAUACUAAGAAAAUCUACUGAGUGGGAAAUGCAAGGAGUUUUUUUUUUUACAGAUACACAGAUUAAAAAGGAAUCAUUCUUAGAAGACAUUAACAACUUACUAAAUGCAGGUGAGGUGCCAAACCUCUUUGUGGUAGAUGAGAAACAAGAAAUUUGUGAGCAAAUGCAUCAAGUAGAUUGCCAACGGGACAGGACAAAACAGACAGAUAGCAGUCCUAUAGCUCUUUUUAACAUGUUUGUUGAUUGCUGUCGAGAUCAGCUUCAUAUAGUACUGGCGAUGAGUCCUAUUGGAGAUGCUUUCUGUAAUCACCUUGGUAAAUUUCCAGCUCUUGUAAACUGCUGCACACUAGACUGGUUUCAGACAUGGCCUGAAGAUGCAUUAGAAGCUGUUGCCUCUCGCUUCUUGGCAGAUGUUGAUAUGUCAGAAGAAACUCGAAGUGGCUGCAUUGACAUGUGUAAAAGCUUUCAUACACCUACCAUUGUUUUAUCUGACUUAUACCAUGUGGAGCUUCAAAGAUGCAACUAUGUUACACCUACUUCAUACCUGGAAUUGAUCUCCGCUUUUAAAAGUCUACUUGAAAAGAAACGCACUAAGAUGAUGAAAAUGAAAAGAAGAUAUGAAGUUGGCUUGGAGAAACUGAACUCUGCUGCAUCUCAAGUAGCCUUGAUGCAGUCUGAGCUGGAGGCUCUGCAACCUCGGUUACGGAAAGCUAGCAAGCAGAUUGAUGAGAUGAUGGUCGGUAUUCAAAAAGAAUCUUUGGAAGUAGCCAAAACUGAAAGAGUCGUGAAAGCUGAUGAAGCAGUGGCAAAUGAGCAGGCUAUGGCUGCAAAAGCCAUCAAAGACGAAUGCAAUGCUGACUUAGCACAAGCCAUGCCUUGUUUAGAAAGUGCUCUGGCUGCCCUUGACACUCCCACUGCACAGGAUAUUACUGUGGUUAAGUCCAUGAAGAGUCCUCCUGCAGAUGUCAAGCUUGUAAUGGAAGCUAUAUGCAUCCUUAAAGCCAUCAAAGGAUUCCAGAUCAAACAGGUUCUGGAAAAAAAAAUUGAGGAUUUCUGGGGUCCUGCUAAGAGACUUCUGGGUGACAUAAAAUUUCUUCAGUGUCUUCAUGAAUAUGACAAGGAUAACAUUCCCCCAGCUUGCAUGGCUAUCAUAAGAAAACAGUAUCUUACAAAUCCUGAGUUUGUACCAGGCAAGAUUUGAAAUGCUUCCAUGGCAGCAGAGGGUCUGUGCAAAUGGGUCAUAGCCAUGGAGUUUUUUGAUAGAUAAGUAUUGACCAAAAAUGUUGCACCCCAAAAGCUAAAGUUGAAUCAAGGUGAAGGAAAAUUAAAGAUUGCUACGGAUGGUCUAAGAAAGAAACAAGCAGACCUGAGGGAAGUUCAAGGUAAAUUGGCUGUACUCCGGCAGACACUGGAAUCCAAGAAACAGGAGAAGGUUGACUUGGAAAAUCAGGUUGAGCUAUGCAGCAAAAAACUACAGUGAGCAGAACAAUUGAUUGGUGGCCUUGGGGGUGAAAAAACUCACUGGCAUGUGACUGCUUUGGAACUGGGAAGGCAGUACAUCAAUUUGACUGGAGAUAUACUUAUUUCAUCAGGAAUUGUAGCCUACCUAGGAGCCUUUGCAUCCAGCUACAGACAAGUGCAAAUUAAAGAGUGGGCAUUGCUAUGUAAAAAGAAAGACAUUCUUUGUUCUGAUGAUUUUUCUUUAACAAAUACCUUGGGAGAACCAGUGGAGCUCAGAGCUUGGAAUAUUGCUGGACUACCUUCUGACAUGUUUUCUAUUGAUAAUGGCAUCAUUAUCAGUAAUGCAAGAAGAUGGCCUCUAAUGAUAGAUCCUCAGGGUCAAGCAAAUAAAUGGAUAAAGAGCAUGGAAAAAGCCAGUAGCUUGCAUAUAAUCAAACUCAGUGACCCUCAAUUUGUUGUAACACUGGAACACUGCAUUCAGUUUGGCAGUCCUGUGUUACUGGAGAACAUUGGAGAAGAACUUGAUCCUAUCCUAAAGCCACAUUCUCAGACAUUUAAGCAGUCAGGGAGUAUAUGCAUUUGCUUUGGACACUCCACUAUCGAAUAUGCUCCUGAAUUCUGCUUUUGUAUUACAACUAAGCUGAGAAAUCCACAUUAUCUUCCUGAAACAUCUGUUAAGGUAACAUUACUGAACUUCAGGAUAACUUCAGAAGGAAUGCAGGAUCAGCUUCUUGGAAUUGUAGGUGCAAGAGAAAGGCCAGAUCUUGAAGAAGAAAAACAAGCCCUCAUCCUUCAAGGGGCUGAGAAUAAAAGGCAGCUAAAAGAAAUAGAAGACAAGAUUUUAGAAGUUCUUUCAGCCUCAGAGGGAAAUAUUUUGGAGGAUGAAACUGCUAUCAAGAUACUGUCUUCUUCCAAAGUUCUGGCUAAGGAGAUUUCUGAAAAGCAAGCUGCAGCUGAAGAGACAGAAAAGAAGAUUGGUGCUACUCGUAUGGGCUAUCGUCCUAUUGCUAUCCAUUCAUCAGUCUUUUUUACUAUUGCUGAUCUGGAAAACAUUGAGCCAAUGUACCAGUAUUCAGUCAUGUGGUUUAUUAACUUUUUCAUCAUGUCUAUAGAUAAUUCGGAGCAAUCAGAAGUUUUACAAACAAGGAUGAAGAUUCUGAAGGAUCAUUUUACUUUUUAUGUCAAUGUCUGUCACUCCCUCUUUGAAAAGGACAAGCUGCUCUUCUCUUUUUGUCUAACUGUGAAUCUCCUGAAACAUGAAAGAUUAAUUAAUGAGAAUGAGUGGAAGUUUCUGUUGACUGGAGGCAUACGUUUGGACUAUGUGAACCCAUAGUGAACUCCCUUUUCUAAUCCAUAUUCCUGGCUUCCUCCAAAAUCGUGGGAUGAAAUUUGUCAACUGGAUGAUCUGCCAUGCUUCACAAACAUUUGUAAGGAUUUUAUGCGACUGAAGAAUACAUGGAAAUUAGUAUAUGACAGCUUGGAUCCCCAGCAUGAAGAUUCUCCUGCUCAGUGGUAAAACAAGUUGGGGGAGUUCCAAAGGAUGCUUAUCAUUCACUGCCUGAGACCUGACAAAAUAAUACCAAUGGUGCAGGAAUUUAUUAUUCACAACCUGGGCCGUCCAUUUGUUGAGCCACCUGCAUUUGAUUUGUCAAAAGCAUUUUCUGAUAGUCAUUCUUGUGCACCACUGAUAUUUAUACUUUCUCCUGGUGCUGACCCCAUGGCAGCCCUUCUUAAGUUUGCUGAUGAUCAGGGAUACGGUGGUACAAAGCUUAGUUCUCUGUCACUUGGUCAAGGCCAAGGCCUGAUAGCCAUGAAAAUGAUAGAAAAGGCAGGAAAGGAAGGAACAUGGAUAGUUCUGCAAAAUUGCCAUCUAGCAAGUUCAUGGAUGCCAACACUGGAAAGAGUCUGUGAGGAGCUAAACCCUGAUACAACACAUCCAGAUUUCCGAAUUUGGCUCACCAGUUACCCAUCUGCCACAUUCCCAGUGUCUUUACUUCAGAAUGGAGUGAAGAUGACCUAUGAAGCACCAAAAGGUUUAUGGGCCAAUAUAAUUCGUUCGUACCUGAUGGAUCCAAUAUCUGAUCCUGAGUUUUUCAACAGCUGCAGAAAACCUACUGAGUUCAAAACAUUGCUGUACGGCCUCUGCUUCUUCCACAUGCUGGUGCAAGAAAGGAGGAAUUUUGAGCCGUUGGGUUGGAACAUUCCAUAUGAGUUCAAUGAGACUGACCUGCGCAUCCGCGUGCAGCAGCUGCACAUCUUCCUGGACCAGUAUGAGGAGGUGCCAUAUGAUGCUCUUCGCUAUAUGACUGGAGAAUGUAACUAUGGUGGCAGAGUCACUGAUGACUGGGAUCGGCGAACGCUCCGUAGUGUGCUAGACGUGUUCUUUUCCUCAGAAAUCAUUACAAAUGUAGAUUAUAAAUUUGAUCCAAGUGGCCUUUAUUUUGCUCCUCCUGAAGUAGAUUACCAAAGCUAUGUUGAAUAUACAAAGACACUUCCAUUGAAUCCUUCCCCAGAGAUAUUUGGAAUGCAUGCAAAUGCUGAUAUUAGAAAGGAUCAGUCAGAAACGCAACUGUUAUUUGAUAACAUUGUUCUUACACAGUCUCGGUUAUCUGAUGGUGGUGCAAAAUCCACUGAUGAAGUUGUUUGUGAAGUCACAGGUGACAUCCUGAGCAAACUUCCUUCAAAUUUUGACAUUGAAGCAGCAAUGAGAAGAUAUCCGACCACUCACACUCAAAGCAUGAAUGCUGUGCUUGCCCAAGAGAUGGGACGCUUUAACACGUUACUGCAGAUAAUACGGGACUCCUGUGUUAACAUCCAGAAAGCAAUAAAGGGGCUAGUAGUGAUGUCUGCUGAACUGGAAGAAGUGGUAAACAGCAUUCUGAAAGGCAAAAUUCCAGGGCUAUGGAUGAGUAAGUCUUACCCAAGCCUCAAGCCUCUGGGCAGCUAUGCGACUGACUUCCUUAACAGACUGAAGUUCUUACAGCUGUGGUAUGAAAAUGGAACUCCAACAGUCUUCUGGAUUUCACGAUUCUUCUUCACUCAAGCAGGUGCCCAGCAGAACUAUGCCAGAAAACAGACCACUCCGAUAGACCUACUAGAAUUUGACUACGAAGUGCUGGAAGAUAAGGAAUAUGAAAUUGCUCCUGAAGAUGGGGUCUACGUUCAGGUAUUGUUCUUGGAUGGAGCACACUGGAACAGGCAAACUAAGCAGCUACGAGAAUCUCAUUGAAAAAUCCUCUAUGAUACAGUACCUGUGGUCAUAUUUUAUUCUUUGCUGCAAAUAUGGCUAAAGCUGUGUAAGAAAGCAGACAUUCCACAGCGACCAAGUUACCUAGCCCCAGUGUACAAGACCAGCAAGAGAAGAGGGAUCCUGUCAACUACAGGCCAUUCCACCAACUUUGUCAUUGCAAUGACUCUCCCUUCAGACAAACCGCAAGAACACUGGAUCAGACGGGGUGUUGCGUUAUUAUGUCAGCUUAACUCAUAA